AAAAAAAGGAUGGGACAGAUAUGAUUCUGUAAACAUAUAACAGUGUAAACAGAGGGCCAACAGAGGGCUCCAUUUGACACCCUAUCCAUCCUGGUAGCCAUGGAAACCACUAUAGCAACAAAAACAGUUGCUACAACAACUCAAAGCAUCCAGUUCAAAGACACAAACAUGGAUCCACAUUCAUCAAAUCUGAAUAUCACAGCAGAGUCAGCUCUGCUUGUGAAAGCUCUGCUGGACAGACACCGUCAGUCCGUCAUGAAGGAGCAGGCUGACACCGACAUGAAGAACAUUAACUGGGUCGCCGGACAAGACUUUACAGUGGAAGUGGGCAGGCAGCAGAUUGGAGAGUACAUCCAAACGUGGGAGAUACAUCCCCGCUGGCUUUACAGUCUGGACUUCCUCUGCUCGACCGAAGACGAGCAUCACGUCUUCUACCACUACAGGGCCCGCUUUAGCACCCCGACCCCGAGGGAGCCCAUUCAGGGGACAGCUAGCGUCUACUUCGUCGUGGACACGUCUAAAGUCAAACCCCGAGCUCUGCCCGUGGAGGUGCUGUUCAUGCUGGAGUCCAACAGGCUGGUGCACACACCCGGGAGGAGCAGGUUCAGAGAGCGGUGGCUGGCGGACAUUAUCGAAAGCAAGGCUCUGCUCCAAAGAGCUGUGGACCUUUGAGCCGACAACACCGAGGAAGCAGCGAGAAGGAGACGACUUCUGGAACCUUCCUAAAAGCGUUACCAUUAGCAACCGCAGCGUAACUCUGAGUCAACCCACUUUGAAAUAACAGAUAUGAGUAUAAACAUGAACAUUAAACAGUCUCUGUUAUCUAGUUACCGUAGCUAUUUUGAACGUUAAAGGUAAUUCAAACGACAACCAAGCUGUUUUUCUUUUUGGUAAAUGUUUUUUUCUAAAUCUAAAACUGGGGCAAACAGCUGACAAAUGCAACGGAGGAAGCCGUUAGCCGCCGUUAGCACAACAUUAGCCACCGGACGGAGAGCACAGCGUGUCCGUCUUUUGUCGGAUUUUUAACACGACGUCACAACAUAAAUCGAUCACAUUCAUCUUACCAUACGAAACAGAGAGCGACAGACGGGUUGGCCAAAAUAUUUGAGCUGGUACAGUAUGUGAAUCAGUGAUGGUUAGGGGGG